AUGACAUUGUGUGAUCAGAAUUCAUCGGUGGCAGAGAUCAUCGGAGGCAGAGAUCAUCGGAGGCAGAGAUCAUCGGAGGCAGAGAUCAUCGGAGGCAGAGAUCAUCGGAGGCAGAGAUCAUCGGAGGCAGAGAUCAUCGGAGGCAGAGAUCAUCGGAGGCAGAGAUCAUCGGAGGCAGAGAUCAUCGGAGGCAGAGAUCAUCGGAGGCAGAGAUCAUCGGAGGCAGAGAUCAUCAGAGGUAAAGAUCAUCGGAAUCAGAGCUCAUCAGAGGCAGAGAUCAUCGGAAUCAGAGAUCAUCGGAAUCAGAGAUCAUCGGAGGCAGAGAUCAUCGAAAGCAGAGAUCAUCGAAAGCAGAGAUCAUCGAAAGCAGAGAUCAUCGAAAGCAGAGAUCAUCGAAAGCAGAGAUCAUCGAAAGCAGAGAUCAUCGAAAGCAGAGAUCAUCGAAAGCAGAGAUUAUCGAAAGCAGAGAUUAUCGAAAGCAGAGAUUAUCGAAAGCAGAGAUUAUCGAAAGCAGAGAUUAUCGAAAGCAGAGAUCAUCGAGAGCAGAGAUCAUCGAGAGCAGAGAUCAUCGAGAGCAGAGAUCAUCGAGAGCAGAGAUCAUCGAGAGCAGAGAUCAUCGAGAGCAGAGAUCAUCGAGAGCAGAGAUCAUCGAGAGCAGAGAUCAUCGAGAGCAGAGAUCAUCGAGAGCAGAGAUCAUCGAGAGCAGAGAUCAUCGAGAGCAGAGAUCAUCGAAGGCAGAAUUCAUCAGAGGAAAAUUCAUCGGGGGCAGAGAUCAUCGAAGCAAAGAUAAUCGAAAACCGAGAGAAUCAGUUUACCCCAUUGUAG